GCCGAACAAAAUAUUCCUCUCCGGUGAGUCUUAUAAUGCAGUAUGCCAAUUGAUUCGUCGCAUUUGAGUUCAGAACGCACAACCAACAUGACGAAAACAGCAUUUACGUUCAGAGGACUUAUGGUCCCAGUGUUCACACCCUUUAACAAUGACAGCCAAAGAACUCUAAAUUUGGCGGUUAUCCCACAAUAUGCUGAAUUUUUGGCUAAAAAGAAUGUCACUGGAAUCCUAGUAAAUGGAACCACUGGAGAAGGUACGUCCUUGACAGUAGCCGAAAGAAAGGCAACAGCUACAGCUUGGGCGAAUGCUGUAAAAACCACCAAACAACAUCUGAUGGUCCAAGUAGGGGGUACAACUCUCCCAGACGUUUUAGAGCUUGCCAAGCAUGCAGAAAGCCUCAAGGUUGACUCUUUAUUAUGUCUGCCCGAGCUGUAUUUCAAACCAACAACAACCAGUCAAUUGACGGAAUAUCUGGAAUUGGUGAGCAAAGCUGCACCAAAUACGCCACUUCUCUACUAUCAUAUUCCGAUGUUCACGAACGUUAAUAUUCACAUGGGACAAUUUUUGGAAUCCCUUGGUGACAGAAUUCCGAAUUUCGUGGGAAUAAAAUUCACAAGUUCGAACUUAGACGAAGGUAUUCAAGCAUUUAAUGCUGCCAACAAGAAAUAUACAGUCUUCCUCGGCAAUGAUCAGUUAGUGAACGCAGGCUGUGCGCAAGGAAUGGACUCGUAUAUUGCAACAACCAUCAACAUGUUACCUGAACUUUCGCAGGAAAUUCUUGCACAAUGGAAAGCAGGAAAUAUUGUGAAAGCGAGGGAAUUGCAAGAUAUGUUAUCGAAGGCUGCAAUUACUAUAUCGAAAUACGGUAAUUGGGUGGAGACCAUGAAGGUAGCAAUGACUACAUUAACUAAUAUGGAAGUUGGACCAACACGAAGACCUCUGGUCACUUUAUCUACAGAAAUAAGGACUUCCAUGGCCAAAGAUCUGCAAAACUUAGGGUUACAAGUAAAAUUGUAAAAACUUUGAAACAACCGAGCAGCGUUCAGAAAUUUUCUAUUUUUCUACAUUGUUCUUGAUGUUAUAAAAUAUAUCAACUGCAAAAUUGA